CGCGUGUGUGUGUGUGAGAGAGACGGAGCGUGGGGGGAGCGUGGCGCGUGGAGGGGCCGCCGGCUGCUGCUCGGGGGUGAGCGGCGCCCAGCACGGCCGAGCGCAGCCCGGCAGCCGGACCGCCGGACCGCCCGGCCCCGCUCGUCGCCGUGUCGCAGAGAUCCUUAAAGGCCGUGUAAGACUCCAAGGGAACUGGCAUUAGAACUGUGCCCGUGGUCAAGCUGGUAUCAUCCUGUGUUCUGCCAAGCAGAAGGAGGACAUCUGCAACCAGAGAUGGAGCGAGACAUCAGCCAGAGGAAUGAUCAUUCAGUUGCCUUGGAGAUGAUCCUUCUGCUGUAAAUGUAGGGCUGGAGAUUAAUGCUGUGGGCAGUAUGGACCUAAUGAACGGACAGUCAAGCAGUGUUAAUAUUGCAGCUACUGCUUCAGAGUGUUUUUGUUUGUUCCUGCAGAAGAGCAGCAGUUCUGAAUCCCUGAGUGACAAAGGUUCAGCUGAACUGAAGAAGAGCUUUGAUGCGGUGGUAUUUGAUGUUCUGAAGGUUACACCGGAAGAAUAUGCAGGUCAGAUAACACUAAUGGAUGUUCCUGUAUUUAAAGCAAUUCAGCCAGAGGAGCUGGCAAGCUGUGGUUGGAAUAAAAAAGAGAAAUACAGUUCUGCUCCAAAUGCGGUUGCUUUCACCAGAAGAUUCAAUCACGUAAGCUUCUGGGUAGUCAGAGAGAUUCUGCAUGCACAAACCUUAAAAAUAAGAGCUGAGGUUUUGAGCCACUAUAUAAAAACUGCAAAGAAACUGUAUGAGCUGAACAAUCUGCACGCUCUCAUGGCAGUUGUAUCAGGCCUACAGAGUGCUCCUAUCUUCAGACUGACUAAAACAUGGGCGUUACUGAGUCGGAAGGAUAAAGCCACUUUUGAGAAGCUGGAGUACGUUAUGAGUAAAGAAGAUAAUUACAAAAGGCUUAGAGAUUAUAUCAGCAGCUUGAAGAUGACUCCGUGUAUUCCCUAUUUAGGUAUUUAUCUGUCAGACUUGACGUACAUUGAUUCUGCGUACCCAUCGACGGGGAGCAUUCUGGAAAGUGAGCAGAGAACAAACUUAAUGAACAACAUCCUACGAAUUAUCUCAGAUUUACAGCAGUCCUGUGAAUACGAUAUUCCUCUGUUGCCUCACGUCCAGAAAUAUCUAAACUCGGUUCAGUACAUAGAAGAACUACAAAAGUUUGUAGAAGAUGACAACUACAAACUUUCGUUAAAGAUAGAACCAGGUACCAGCACCCCCCACUCUGCUGCUUCCAGAGAAGAUUUAGUAGCUUCUGAAGUUGGAGCAUCGCCACAAAGUGGACGGAAAAAUGUUGCAGCUGAAGGAGCCUUGCUGCCACCAACACCCCCCUCACCUCGAAACUUGAUUCCACAUGGGCAUAGGAAGUGUCACAGCCUGGGAUACAAUUUCAUACACAAGAUGAAUACAGCUGAAUUUAAAAGCGCAACAUUCCCUAACGCAGGACCAAGGCACCUACUGGACGACAGCGUCAUGGAGCCUCACGUCCCAUCAAGAGGGCAGGCAGAAAGCUCCACCCUUUCUAGUGGAAUUUCAAUAGGUAGCAGUGAUGGUUCUGAACUCAGUGAAGAGACUUCUUGGCCAGCAUUUGAAAGGAACAGGUUGUACCAUUCUCUCGGUCCGGGGACAAGAGUGUCACGAAAUGGCUAUCGAGGCCACAUGAAGGCCAGCAGCUCUCUAGAAUCUGAAGAUUUGGCCGUUCAUUUGUAUCCAGGAGCAGUUACUAUUCAAGGCGUUCUCAGGAGGAAGACUUUGUUGAAAGAAGGCAAAAAACCCACAGUAGCGUCUUGGACUAAAUACUGGGUAGCAUUGUGUGGAACCCAACUCUUUUACUAUGCUGCAAAAUCUCUGAAGGCCACAGAGAGAAAACAUUUCAAAUCCACCCCGAGCAAGAAUGUGUCAGUCGUGGGCUGGAUGGUGAUGAUGGCAGACGACCCUGAACAUCCAGAUCUCUUCUUAUUGACAGAUUCUGAGAAAGGAAAUUCAUACAAAUUUCAAGCUGGAAAUAGAAUGAAUGCGAUGCUCUGGUUUAAACACCUUAGUGCUGCCUGCCAAAGCAACAGACAACAGGUUCCUGCCAACUUGAUGACCUUUGAAUAGCAGGCUUAAUUCAAAACAAAACACAACAAAAGAACAAUUUGAACCAUCUCAUAAAUGAGAACGAGGUCCUGAUGGAAAAUGUGCCAGCUGCAUUCUGUGCCAGAAGGGAGCCUGUCAAGCCGAUCUCCUGAACUCUGGAGCCCUGAACAAAACAAGUAAUGGCUGGGGAUUAGAAUCCCCGUAAUGAAAAACAGAGUCGCAACAUGAAUUGCCAUGGACCAUGCUUUAUAUCUUCUGAACUGACCUGUGGAAACCACUGCCUUAAAGAGUGAAAGGAAAAACAACAAUGAAACACCAAAUAGUGUGUGUGAAACUACUGGCGGUGCUGUGCUUGAGUUAAAUAGAUUGUAGCUUGUUUGAGUUUCUUUUAACUUUGUACUAAUUUUGAAAAUAACUCACCUUUUUAGGUAUUCCUAAGAAAGCAAGUAAACUGAUAUUUAAGAGUUGUAUCAAAAGCUGUGUAUGAACUGGGUAAAAGAGGUGCUGCACAAUCUAGAGAUGUCUUUUGGACUAUACCAGGAGUUCUCAAUAGAAGCUUGUCCCAGGCACACUGCGCCUGCAGCGAUGUUAAUUCUCUCAGAUCUAUGAGUACAUGAAACGCAACAAAUGCAAGUUCAAAGUAGCAGUAAGUUUGCAAACUGUAGUACUGUAUGGGAGCCACAUUCCCUGUGAGCGGGCACUUACACACUAAGAAUGCUUUUGGUGCGUUGUUACCUAAUUCCUGGUUAGAGCAUAGCUCACGUGUUCUGGGUGCUUGGGGCGUGUGUGAAAGACUAAACUGAAAGCACUGUUGGCUCAGAAAUGAGUGUUUUCUUCCCAUUUGUUCCUACACCUCUGUAUCCUAUGGAUGAAGGUCGAAUGACAAAAAAACAAGCAAACAAAACAACCCAACAUCUUGGUAUAGUUCUUGGAGACGUUUUACUUCUCUGGGUAUCUGUUAAUCAGCUAGGGACCACUGUCAGUGUAUGGUGUUUCAUAAUGUCACUUACAGUCUAUAUUUUAAAAUGAUAGAGGCACAAUUUCAAGCUUUCAUUUUCUUGUUUGGCAAUAAUUGAUUCUACUAUCUGUCUCGGUCAAAAUAUGACAUCGUGUGGUAUUGACAAUGUACCCUAAAGUAGACCUUACAUCGGAAGCUCUUUUGGUCUUCUGGCAAAUAAUUUAUUAGGUGGGUUAAUACAAAGAGAUAAAAGGAAUGGGACUGUCAAAGCUGCAUCCUUGACAGGAAUAAUUCUUGGUCACUGAAAUUACUCAGAAAAAUAAUAUGAUUGUAAAAAGGGAAACGUGCUUUAUACAUGUGUUUUAUGCAUAAAAACUUUGAUUCUUGCUUUGUUUUGGUUUCCUUGACAUCACCUAGAUAGCAUUUCCUGAAUGAAUAGCCUUCAUUUAAUCUUCCAAAACGCGGUCUUUGUAAAGCAAGUAAACGUUAUCCAAAAUAUGACUCUGAGAUAUCAGAACUUUGAAGUCUGUGGAAAAAUAGUACGUGUUUCAUUGACGUUGUGGUUUAGUGGCCAUAAAUGAGCUUGCAGAUUCCACCGUGAAUACUCCUUUUUAAACAGAAACAAACUUCCCACCAGUUUGUGGCAGAGUUCUCUGACUGUGUAAUAAAGUUUUCUACUAGUAGUGAUUAUUUUGAAAAUGUACACUUUGUCUCUUGCAUCAGAGUAGAAGCCAAUUAAGUCACAUUUUGUUCUCCCAGAGUUAAAUUCAUCUCUUAAUGGAAAUGAUUAAUUUCUGAUUUCUAGGGGGUGGGGGGGGGGGAACAAUGGAGAAGGAGAAUCCAGUCUGGCAGCUAAAGCAAAAACCCACACGCUCGGUAAUGUGGAGUUAAAUGGCAAUAGGCUGGAUUGUGUUUCCAAAAAUUGUUUUUGUGAGUUGGCUCUUGGUAGAAGGAAAACAGUAGAGGGUAUUUCUGUCAGAGUUGCACCGCAGGCAGUGUGGGAAUUUGUGUCCCUCUGCAGUUCUUUUUUGUCCUGCUUUGGGGAACAAACAGUCUGUUCUGAUCCUGAAGUCAUGUAUUUUGAGAAGGGGUUCCUUGUGCUGGAUCCCUCUUCAAUUCACACAUCACCCAAGCUAACCCAUGUUGGGUGUAUAGUGAAGACAACAUCUUCGUAGCCGGCAGUGUUACUGUAGUAGACUUUGCACAGCAUCAGUUUUGGUUUUUCAUGUUAAAAAUUAUUUAAUGUAUGUUUUCUUCUCUACAGCUAGAUGGCUUUUUUAGCACCGUGUGUCCUUUUUAAAUUCUGUGGAUAACAGCCCGUGGAUUUUGAAUUUUUUAAAUAAGCUCUUAUAGAGUCAUUGCAGCGUAACUGUGUCUGCUCUUCUGUCAGUGAAAGGAAGCUGCAUCUGGGAGCCACAGCCUGACAUCACACAGCUUUACUGAAGACAGAGCCAGGUCUGAAGGUGUCAUUUAUUACUGGGUUUGUUUGUUUGUUUAUUCCAGCUGUUUUGAAUUAGGGAUUUCUGGUAGGAGGAUAGUGGGGAAAACAGUUCACAAAUCAUCCUUUAAUGACUUGUUGUUACCAGUCGUAAUUGUCCUUACGCCUCCUGCUGUCUUUGGGUUUUUUUUCCCUCAGAUAAAUGCUGUUUUCUGUGGGAGAGAGGGAAUAUUGUGGGAGUAGUUUCUUAAAAUGUGUAGCUGGGAUAACUGGAGUUAUCCCAGCUGAUUAAUAUAUAACUGAUUAAUGACAACGCAGAAAGCAUUAUUGGCACUUGUUGCAGUGAGUAGUUCAGUACUUUCCUAUGGUUGAUCUCAUAUUUGUUCAAGUAGUCUUACAGGGCAGCACAGCUACUGAAAUGUUAUAGACUUUGACAUACGUGGUGCUCGGGAGGAGGUGGUGGUUUGGUUCCCUGAGGGAAAACUGCCUCAGCUAAGCAUUGGAAAGACUUGGACGAGUCAAAUACACUGUAAAGAACACAGCAAUGUUUUUUGGUUUUGCUUUUUUUUUCCCCCCCCCCUUCGUGCUUUAAAAAAAGAAGGUUAAAAAUAUGAGUUUAAAUCAGUGCUUAGAAGGAAGGGGCAGCAUCAAGGUCCUGUUAUGCAGGUAAGACUGUUAUCAGGCUAUUUCAGUUAGGUGGCAGUUUUUGUGUUUUGCAAUGCUGUUUCCUUAUUUUGUUAAUGACUGGUGAAGCUCUUCAGCUAUUAUUUGUCACUUUAAUUUCACAAUAUUUUGGUCUGGAAAUUAAAGGCGUCCCUUACAGUUCCUUGAUUGCAAGCAUAUGAGUGAAAAGUACUCAGCAUAGAUCCUCGUGGCCAGGAUUCCCAUGUUCCUGUGAGUCACCUGCUGAGCUCUCGCUGCUUUGUGAGCUACACUGAUAGUCUUGGGGGACACUGAACAAUGGGGAACGCAUAAAAGAACGCAGCAGGAUUUUAUUAGCCAGCUUUUCCUCACUAGAAUUCAGUGUCUCAUCUGUUUUUUUUCGUGCAGCAUCAGCCUCUUCUAGUUGCAUUUCUAUCUUUGCAACAGUACAGUCCUCUUCUGUGAGAUGUAACAAAAGUUAAGAAAUGCUUAGAAGUGAUUGCAGCUUUUUUGUUCUGCUGAGGCACUCUAGGAGGUUAGGUGCCUUUGGGUAGACAGCAAAUCCGUCUUGUGGUUUUGGAUUAACUUUAGCAGAUCUUACCCAAAUGAAGGUAAAUUGUGGGAUGUCAUUUCUUAGGGCUCUGUCAGUGGCAUUUUUCUUUGCUUUCCACCUUUGAUUUUUUUAUUAUGCUAAGUCACUAGACUUUUCCAUGGCCAGCUGUCGUGUGCUGCCUGUUCAAACAUGAAGACACCAGUGCUGGUACGGAAUCACAUCAGCUAACUGCCUGUUCUGCCUACAGCAUCACGUUCUAAAAGUGUUAUUAUGUACAUGUUGCACUUUUUCUUUCGUUUUUUUCCUCUAAAAAUGGCUCAUGGUUAAGCUGAUGGGGUUGGGGAAGUUGUAAUUGAAGAAGCUGUGUGAAUGGAUGUAAAAUGUGUCUGUAGGGAUCAUUCUCUUUUUAAAAUGCUCAUUCUAAUUUGUUAUGUAUCAAAAGGAGGGUGAGCGUUUGGGUUAAAGGAGGACAUUUCUCAGUGCCUUCUUAUUGACUUGAAUACUGAUCCCGUUCCUUCAGUGCUGAGAGUACCACACACUUGUGAGCUGUGCCCUUGGUGUUACAGGGGGUAACGUUCCCUACAGUCCUUGUUUCUGCAGAAGAGUUCAGCUGCUUUGGUCAGUACAAAAUAGCUGUGGCUUGAGUUGCUGUAGCAUUUCUUCUGUCAUUGAAUGGUCACUCUAUCGAAGUGCAGCAGUAUUUGGUGGCUUGGGCUCAUGCAGCUUUUAUCAGAUGUAGCUCAGACUCCCUUAAAAUGUGUUUAUUUUUAUUUGCUACGUGUCUGAAUGGAGGUAGUAGUGGGGAAAUAAACCUGAAAAGGAUUGUCUGAGUCAUGGCCUGAAACGUACGAGCUUAAGAGCUCGAGUGUUUAGAAAUGAGCAUGUUUCUCUGUCCCAUUUCUUUUGAUUUAAACACUGAAGAAUGUAAGUAUGAGAGGAUUUGUUUCUUAACAAGCUUUUCGUCAACAUAAAAGCUACAGGAAAAAGAUGUUUGGGGGCAGAGAAGGCUGAACAAAUCCAUCUGAUUCUUUCAUAAUAGCCCAUCAGCUCAGUUAUGUGUAUUAUGCUUCUAGUGCCAACACAAGGUAGAGAGACCUACCCUUUACUAAGCCAACUGCUGCAGAUUGCUUUAGUAUCAAGGCUUUAUAGGCACUGGAAGGGGAAAUGAAAGAAUGUGUUGUUCAUAGGGAACUUAAUGUUAUUUUUCUGUUUUCCUGCAUCCUAGAUAAAAAGCAGUGGCAGUUUUACUGUGAUGUAAAUGGAUGUUGGAAAGGGAAGGAUAGUAUGACGCUUUAUCUUAUGCUUUCUAAACAUCUUUGGAGAUGGCAGAAUGGUUCGGUGAAGGGAGAAAAGCCAAAUCAUUUGGGCUAGAUACACAUAUUGAAGGAGAGAGCUGACAGGUUUUCUUGAAGUUAGGUUAUUAAGAAAAAAGGCUGUAAUCAACUGAAAUUCCUGAUGAUGCUGGCGAUGCUGUGCUUGUGGCUGUUAGCCUGAUCAUCAUCUUGAACUGCUUAAAGCAUCGUGAAUGUUCCAUUUUCCUUUUGUGUUUGCUUAGCAUAUUAUUUUUCUUUCUUUGGGUAAGUUCUGAUCUUGAAAUGUGUUUCUUGAACCUGUCUCUUAUCAUUCCAAAGCCGUUGGCAGGUAAAACAGAAAAGCAUUAUAAAUGGAUGAAAUAAACGUUGAAAGAAAGAGUUCUAGGUUGCCUUGAUUACAGGCACCUCUAGCUCUGUGAGUACAGGGACAUGUGCAUUUAAGCACUGCUGUACUCAAGUGUGAGCAGCACCAUAUCGAUGUCUUAUAACGAACCUUUAAGGACCAACCAUCCCUGGAAGGGGGAUCAAGAUUGUCAUGCAGUAAAUACAGCCAUUUGUAAUAUUCCCUGCUGGCGUGAGGUGUUGCAAUGGUAGUUGAUUGCACUAUGAUCUCAUGGAGUGAUGUGCAGUUUGGCUGCCCUCAAGCCUAUUUUUCUUCAACACUUUUAAUACUUUGUGUGUGUGCGCGUGUGUGUGUGUGCAAACUGUGUGUUUGCGUAUGCUAGUUUAAAUGAAUUGAAGUACAGGUUUCAAAAAGCUUUUCCUACUGAAAUAAAUGAUUUAAAAGAC